AUGUCCUGUGGUCCGAUGAGACCAAGGUUCCACUUUGAGAGUUAUCAGCAGCUCCAAGGCAUGCAAUUUGCUGUGGAUGAGAUUAAUAGAAAUCCAGAUAUUCUCCCCAAUAUCACUCUGGGAUUUCAAGUUUAUGAUUCAUGUGAUGUUCUACAGUAUGAUUUGAAAGGGGCUUUGCAAAUAUUAACAGGAUACGACAGAGCCAUCCCAAAUUACAGAUGUAGCAGAAAUGUUCCUCUGAGUUCCAUAAUUGGACCUGCGAUCUCCACACAUUCAAUUCUCUUGGCUCACAUUCUAGGUCUCUAUAAAUAUCCACAGAUUAGUCAUUUCUCAACCAGCUCCGUUCUAAGUGACCGAAGAACAUUUCCUGCCUUCUUCAGAACUGUUCCCAGUGAUCAUUUCCAAUCUAAAGGACUUGCACAUCUUGUGUUGCAUUUAGGUUGGACUUGGGUUGGAUUAUUAGCUGCAGACAAUGAUUAUGGACAACAGGGAAUUCAACUUGUCCAGCAGGAGAUAGUCAAUGCUGGAGCAUGUGUGGCCUUCACUGAAAGCAUUCUUACGAAUCAUCCAGGCCACAAUGCUCCACACAUCGUCAAAGUAAUGAAGGCAUCAUCAACCAUGGCUGUGGUUAUAUAUGCCACAGAUGUUGACCUUGCUCCCAUUCUAGAGGAGAUGUUAAGGCAGAAUGUCACAGGAAAAAUACUUGUUGCCAGUGAAGCUUGGUCCACAUCCACCCUUGUAUCUAUGGAAAAAUAUUCUAUGCUUCUUUCUGGUACUAUAGGUCUAGCACUUCACAGUGGAAAAGUGCUUGGGCUCAGAGAGUUCCUCAAUAAGAUCCACCCUUCAAUGUCUUUAGGAAGAGAUUGGAUAAAGAUAUUUUGGGAGUUAGCUUUCAGCUGCAAAUUCAUGGCUGAUAAAAAUCAAACUGGAUAUUUAGAUGCUUCAGAAAAAGAGUGCACAGGAUUGGAAAAUCUAGAAAGUGUCCAUAAUAUCUACAAUGAUGUCUCAAGUUUAAGAACUACAUAUAGUGUCUACAUUGCAGUUCAUGUUGUGGCCAAUGCCUUGGAAAAUCUUAAUAAGUGCAUAAGAGGAGAAGGUCCAUUUUCUCAAGGAUUGUGUGCAGACAUCUGGAAUUUUACCCCAUGGCAGCUUCUCCAUUAUAUGAAAGAGGUAAGAUUCAUGUUGAAUAGUGGAAGAGAAAUCUAUUUUGAUGAAAAUGGAGACCCACCUGCAAUCUAUGACAUUGUUAAUUGGCAACUAAGUCCUAAUGGGACCAUAAGAUAUGUCAAGGUGGGAAGCUAUGACACUGCAGCUCCCCAGGGUAAAAUCUUCACCUUCAACACAAGCGCCAGCCUCUGGGCCUCUGGUAGCCAACAGGUCCCUAUCUCAGUCUGCAGUCAGAGCUGUCCCCCUGGCUUUUGGAAGGCAUCUAGAAAAGGAGAACCUGUCUGCUGCUUCCAGUGUGUCCCUUGUCCACAAGGAGAGAUCUCAAAUCAAACAGAUUCCUUCAAUUGCUUUAAGUGUCCGUGGGAUAUGUGGCCAAAUACAGAGAGAUCCAGAUGUCUUCCAAAGUUGAUAGACUACUUGUCUUAUGAAGAUUCCUUGGGCAUAACAAUGGCUUCUACAAGCACCAUCUCCUCUUUGGUUCCAGUUAUCAUUUUGAAGCUUUUCAUGCAAUUUAAAUCAACCCCUAUAGUAAAAGCCAAUAACUAUUCUCUAAGCUGUCUCCUUCUUGUGUCUUUGUCCUUCUGCUUCCUCUGCACAUUGGCUUUUAUUGGUUACCCCCGAUCUGAGAACUGCCUUUUUCGUCAAGUUGCAUUUGGCAUGGUUUUUGCUCUUUGCAUUUCUUGCAUCUUAGCCAAAACUAUCAUGGUAGUUUUUGCCUUUAUGGCCACUAAACCAGGUAAUAAUCUCAGGAAGUGGGCAAACCCUUGGGUAUCUUAUGUGAUCAUUUUUAUAAGUUCAUGUAUACAGUUUCUUUUUUGUAUUACUUGGUUAUCAAUCUCUCCUCCCUAUCCAGAAAUGAACACUGAAUCACAAUCCACUGCUAUCAUUCUCCAAUGUAAUGAAGGUUCCCCCACUGCCUUCUGGUGCAUGCUGGGGUACCUUGGUUUCCUGGCCACUAUCAGUUUCAUUGUUGCCUUCUUGGCCAGGAGACUUCCUGACAGCUUCAACGAGGCCAAGUUCAUCACAUUCAGCAUGCUGGCCUUCCUCACUGUCUGGGUCUCCUAUAUUCCAGCCUCACUUAGCGCAGAAGGCAAAUACACUGUGGCCAUGGAAAUAUUUGCCAUCUUUGCCUCCAGUUGGGCCCUGGUUGUUUGCAUGUUUGCCCCAAAAUGUUUCAUUAUAUUGUUCAGACCCAAUAUGAACUCCAAACAACAUCUCAUGAAGAAAUGCAGGAGUCCAGUUGAUUAG